ACUCCUUCAGCAUCAGCAGCAGCCUGUCUUCUCUCUUUCUCUCUCUCUCAUUCUCUCUCUCACACACAUAUUCUCCCCACCCUCACCCCCCCCCCAAUGCGCACACACACAGCCGUUGGAAUUUUUGUGUGGGCUUUGCUUGCAGAAAUGCAGAGCUAACAUAGUCGGGCACCCACUAACACUCGCGUGCCUGAGAAUCCUUGCCUGCUUUGCCCAGAUUCCAACUACAGAUGGUCUUGUUGAGAUUUCUUGGAAGGUCAUACAAGCAGUUGUCCCAGGACAAGACCAAAACGGAAGUGGACCAUCAGAUCAUCCACCUAGACUUGGACAUCCCUCACUGCUGCAUCCAUGAAGCCCAAGCAUCCUGUCUCCUUCAGUAGCCAGCAGUGGAAGCAUUAGUGCCAAAGGGAGGCUGUGUAUCCAGCUGUUGCUGUUGUUUCAAGGUGGACAAUUUGCCCUCCUGCCUCGAAGAAUUAUUGGAUCUGAUUCAGCUUGCUUUUGUUGUUGUUCCAGAUUCCCCUCUCCCUUCAAGCACAGUUUGGCAAACUCGAUGCUGGAACCAUCAUCAGGCAAGACCACCAGUAAGACACUCCUGAAAGCCAGCCCUGCCAAACUCAUUUGCUCUGAACUAUCUGAGGAUUAAGUUUUGCUGGCCAGUGUCAGUGUCUCUGAUUAAGUAUCAGCUGCAUCUGAGCUGCAGAGAAGGGGGCACAGCGAAAAGCAAACUACGAAUUAGCCCUGAGGACAAGCAAGAUGAAGGCGAGAUUUUGUUUGUGGCUCUGUGCGCUCCUCUGAAGCUGUGGAUUUCUGACAGGAGAAGAAGGGCUUGCUUCAAAAAGAAAGACUGUCUCUCAAUCUCACAAGCAAAGAGGGUUGAAACCACAGGAAAAGAGGGGCCAUCAUUCUGAAGAUCUUCAGCUUUGCCCCCAUCUCCACUACAUAUCAUCUGACUCUGGGCCAACCUUCUCCAGUCUUCACAAAGCAACAACAUGGCAUAUGCCUACAAGAUUCUUGCAGUCUUCUGGGUCCUAAUUGAAGGGGUCCUGGCAGGACCGUGGAGUGCCUGGAUGCCUGAGCACAUCAGUGCCUUUGAGGGUACCUGCGUCGUCAUCCCAUGCCGCUUCAAUUACCCCGAUGAGCUACGUCCAUCCGCUGUGCAUGGCAUCUGGUAUUUCAAUAGCCCUUACCCCAAGAACUAUCCCCCAGUGGUCUACAAGUCUCGCACCAACAUUGUCCACGAGAGCUACGUCGGGCGCAGCCGCUUGCUGGGAGAGCUGAAUUUCCGCAAUUGCACCCUGCAGCUCUCCCGCCUCAGUCCUGAACUCAUGGGCAAAUACUACUUCCGUGGAGACCUGGGCGGUUACAAUCAGUACACCUAUCCUGAACAUUGCAACCUUGAGAUCAUCAAUAAACCCACCAUUGUGAGCCCUGAAGAAGUGGUGGAAGGAACCGAAGUGGAGCUGCGCUGCGUGGUGCCUGACAACUGCCCAGACAUGAAGCCCAUUAUCACAUGGAUGAACCAUGAGAAUCUGGCUGAGCAUUCAGUUUAUGCGCAAGUGGAAGAGGAGGACAGCACCUGGUCGCUCAUCUCCCUGCUCAAGUUCAUGCCGUCCCGCGAGAAUCACGGGCGUGAGUUGGGAUGCAAAGUCACCUAUGCCAACACCACCUUUGAGUUUGAUGGCUUCACCACUCUGGAUGUUAAAUUCCCACCCCGUAUCAUACAGGCAAACUCUUCCGUGGAGGUAAUACAUGGCUCAGAUGUGGUACUGAUGUGCUCCGUGGACAGCAGCCCUAUGGCUCUGAUCACAUGGCUCAGAGAAGAUGAAGUCCUACACGAAGAUGUGGCUGGGAACCUCACGCUGCAUCUAGAGAAUGUCACCUACCUACAGGACGGCAUCUACACUUGCGUGGCUGAGAACAUCUAUGGCAAGGACAACCAUUCCCUGGCUUUGGCUGUGCUGUAUGCCCCUUGGAAACCGGUUGUGAACAUGUCUGUGGUGGCCGUUGAGGGAGACCCUGUAACCAUCCUGUGCAGCUCGCAGAGCAACCCAGAGCCCAUGAUCACCAUUUUCAAGGACAAGAAGGCAAUGGCCAUGGGAGUCUACCAGAACCAAGUGGCCUUGGAGUUUGAGUCAGUGUCUCAUGAGGAUGAUGGGGAAUACUGGUGCACAGCAGAGAACCAAUUCGGUCAGCGCAGCACAGCCUUCAACCUCACUGUCGAAUUUGCUCCCCUUAUCCUCCCAGAUUCCAAGUGUACAGCUGCUCGGGACACAGUGAAGUGCAUAUGCGCAGCCAAAUCCAACCCAGAGGCAGUGAUCACCUUUGAGUUACCCACGCGCAACGUAACAGUGAAUGAGACUGACCGGGAGUUUGUGUACUCUCAGAAAACAGGCUACAUUGUCACCAGCAUCCUGACCGUUCAGAGGGAGGUGGACUCCCAGCUGUUCAUCGUCUGCUCAGCCAGGAACCACUAUGGCACCAAGAAUCAACAGCUGCAGUUCCAUCACUCCAACAGUCUGAUGUGGGCAAAAGUGGGACCUGUUGGCGCAGUGGUAGCCUUUGCCAUCCUCAUAGCUGUGGUGUGUUAUGUCAGCCAGACUAGGAAAAAGAAAAACAUAAAUGAAAGUUCAAGCUUCAUGCAAACAGAAAACCCCCCUGUCAUCUUCAGUGGAGACUACAGGAGUUCAGGCAAUCUGGAGAAAUCAGAGUACGGGCGCUGUGACAAACGACUCCUGGCCAAGCGAGAGGACCUGGGCAUUGACUACGCCAACAUAGACUUCUCCAAGCUGUCCACCAAGGAUAGCUACACCCUGACGGAAGAGCUGGCUGAAUAUGCCGAGAUCCGAGUGAAGUGAGGCCUUUUCCCACCACUGCCAAGGCAGCUCCCACGGAUCUCCCCCAUUGGAACUGUUCUAGUCUAAUGAAACCCUUAGCUGUGCAUAUUGGCUUGGUGACCCAGCCAGCCAUUUGGAGAGGACCCAAACCCACCAACUGGGCUUGAGGCCCCCAUGCUCACACUUUUAAAUUCUAUGUGUUUAAUUUCUCCCCCCACUCCCCAGACUGAAUCCCAAUCAUUCUCAAUGCCGAAUAGUUUCUCUGUAUUCAUUGCAAAACUCUCUUUGGGCCACCCAAUCAGGAUGGCAAUGAAAUGGUAAACGGGGUGGCUGUCUUCCACAUCUGCUGUGGGAAUCUGGUUUUAUCUAAAGUGUGCCAACAGCAUGCUGUUGGUGAUGUAUGCAGCUGGGAAAGGACCCUAGAUUAUCUCUGUGACAGUGAGUAACCAAUCCAGAAUAAACUGAGUGGUCUUAAGUAUGCCCCUGUGCAGUUCCAUGAAGGGAUUAUCUUUGCGUGUGCAUGUGAAUGAAUCAAAUCCCCAUUUAACACUUAUGAAUCUCAUCUGAGCUUGGACAAGUUAAUUUUCUUGGACCACAAUUCCCAGAAUCCCCCAGUCAGCAUUCCCAGUUCAGGGAUAAUUGAUGCAAGAUGUGGAUCUGACUUGUCUGUUCCGUGCUUCAGAUCCAGCUUUUAGAAAGAACUAAACUCUUGGAACCUAAUUCUAUCCAAA